AUGUCUUUUAAACCACACUUUGUGUUCAUAUUAUCAUCUCUUUGGUUCUCAUCGACGGUCUUCGGCACUGAAAGACCACAACAGGUCCACAUCUCACUCGGAGCUGACCCGACGGAAAUGGUGGUCACGUGGGUUACCGAACACCACAUUUCGGGAAAGCCGUGCGUAGAAUACGGGGAAACAGAUCUGUCGAUGAAAGCGUUCGGAAAGAGCUAUCGUUUCGUUGACGGCGGACCCGAAAAACGGCAUUUCUUUAACCAUAGAGUUAAAGUCAAAGAUCUGAAAGCGGGCCACAAAUACCAGUAUCACUGCGGAAGCGACGAGGGAUGGAGUUCUGUGUUCACGUUCUCCACAUUAAAGGCCGGCACCGAAUGGAGUCCACGUUUGGCCGUUUUCGGCGAUAUGGGAGCCGUCAACGCGCAGUCCUUUCCCCGACUCGAACAGGACGUCCGGCGCCACCGAUACGACGCCAUCAUUCAUGUCGGCGACUUCGCCUACGAUAUGGACUCGGACAACGCGCGCGUCGGCGACCAAUUCAUGCGACUCAUCGAACCGAUCGCAGCCGUCGUUCCCUAUCAAGUGUGUCCCGGGAAUCACGAGAACAAAUACAAUUUCUCGAAUUACGACAACCGCUUCUCAAUGGUGGACACGACCAGUGGUCACGUGAACAACCAUUACUACUCGUUCAACAUUGGCCCUGCUCACUUCGUCUCGCUGUCCACCGAGUUCUACUAUUUCACGGAAUUCGGUUGGUAUCAAAUCGGGCGCCAAUUCCGGUGGCUUGAAGCGGACCUGCGAGCGGCCGCUGCGCCCGAAGCGCGACACAAACGCCCAUGGAUCAUUGUCGUCGCCCACAGACCUCUCUACUGCCAGACAGACGCUCACGAGUGCUCACCCAUUGGCGAUCACCACUCGUCGUCGCUGCAGAGGAAGCGUCUUCGCACCGGCAUUAAGAUCAAGAACGCGGGAAACGCGAAGUACGGUCUCGAAGAGCUGUUCCACAAGUACAAUGUGGACAUCCAGUUGUACGGACACGAACACAACUAUCAACGCCUUCUACCGCUUUAUGACAACGAGAUCAUGAAUGGCUCGCAAUCUCAUCCUUACGUCAAUCCCAAAGCGUCCGUCGCUUUUGUGACCGGAAGUGCUGGCUGUUCUGAAAAGCACUCGAAGUUCAUUGUGAAACCCAAAUGGUCUGCCUUUCGGUCGUCUGAUUACGGCUUCACAAGAAUGACAAUCCAUAACAAGACACACAUCUCUAUGGAACAGGUGUCCGACGACCAG